ACGUGAGCGUGCGACUCGACUCUGCAUGCCGCGGGAAUUUUUCAGAGUUAGAACUUUCGUGCCUUCGGUGGUAAUGCUGUGGCUGACGAGAUAAAUGCAGAGGACCAACGAUUUAUCGUUUGUUAAGUAGCAAAAUGGCUGACUGUUCAGACACUGUCGUUUUUCGAAGAGAUGACGCCGGAAGAGGUGGACCUGUGUCAUUUGCAGAGGACGACUCGGCACUUGUGAAGGCAUAUGAUAACGCUGUCCGGUCUUUUCGGGUCCAGACGUCCGGAGAGGACCAGGGAGAGGACCGCAGUGAUGGGAAACAGGCCGACGCUGCUGCCAGCGCGCCACUCCAGGCAAACACGACCCACAAACUAGCAUCUGUCUCCAAGGCGUGGGUGCUGGGGUCCCGCUGCCGUGCGGUGUGGUCCGAGGACGGGCUGGAGUAUCCCGGGGUCAUCGUGUCCGUAGACGGGGAGCGAUGUCGUGUGCAGUUCGAAGGCUACGGGAAUGAGGAGGACGUGGACCUGAGCGCCCUACUGCCCGCAAUACCAGAACAGCCCUGGAGAGGGCGACGGUGGUCGCUGGGGUCGCACUGCCGGGCCGUGUGGUCGGAGGACGGACUGGUGUAUCCCGGUGUGGUCGUGUGGAUGAAAGGGGAACGCUGCCGCGUCCGAUUUGAUGUCUAUAAUAACGAAGAGGACAUGGAGCUGAGUGCCCUCCUGCCGCCUGAGGACACAGAAGAUGAAACAGACACCCAGGACCAGGAGGAGACCCCGGGGGACGGCAGCAGCGGCAGCAGCAGCUCCGAUUGGAGGAGGAAGGACGGCCACGCGAAGCGACCAAAGAGCCCCGAGAAGUCCAGACACGGGCACUCGUCUGUGAGUGAGGGGAAGCAACAUAGCGAAGAGGCCGGGAAGAAGCCCCCCCGCAGAGGAGAGGCCGCACCGCCCCCCCCCUUUCCUUUCAUGCCCCCGCCGGGGAUGCCACCCAUGGGCCUGCCGGAUCUCUCCAUGUUUCCCCCUCCUCCGCCGCCGUCCUUCACCUGGCCGGCAGGUAAGGCAGGUGCGCUGGGCGGGGACUCGCCGGAGGACGAGAUGGCCUCCCUCUCCAGCAUGCUGCUGUCCUGGUACCUGUGCGGCUACCACACCGGAUACUACAUGGGUGCACAGCAAGCCAGCGCGGGGCCCCUGGACACCAAGAAGAAGAAGAGAGUGAAUGGAAUGGAGAGUGCGCUGAAGAUGGAGGAAUGAACUAUGAACUUGCUUCUUCAUGUCUCCAUGACGACAGGGCUACAAACCACAAACAUCGUCUCCAAACACGGAUUAUAUGACAUUAUAUGAUAUCAAUGAAUUGUUGACUUUUUUUUUUUUUUUUUUUAAAUAUAUAAAAGGACUUUCGUACGGUUGCACUUUUGGAUUUUUCCCCCGUUUUUCUUUGUGGCACUUUUCAAAACAGUUGUUUGAAAGAGGCUUCUAAGAUGUUCUUAACAGCACACACACACACACACACACACACACACACACACACACACACACACACACACACACACACACACAAACACACACUUUGAAAGAGGCUUCUUAACAGCUGGGCCAUUUCAGUUCUGUACCAUUUUUGAUCCAUUUGUGAAAUCAAAUUCAUCUGUAUCUCUCAUAGUGUCUGGCGAUGUUGGUUUAUGUGUGAAUGUGGACAAGAUGUUUGGCAAGGAUGUAAAGUGUCUUUGCGUUGUGUUGUCAGAUUUGGACAUUUAAAAUGUACAUAAAUCUGUACGUUUCCAGUUAUGUUGUUCCAAUAAAUCAUA